AUGGUCGCUGACAAGAACCCAGCCCUCCCGGGGGUCUCCAACCCCGCUCGCGCUCAAGGAUCAAGCUGGUUUGCCCGCGAUCUCGCACGAGCGCUCGCACGAUCAGCGGGCGAUCCGUCGGCAACGCCGGCUAGCACCGAACCCGGGAGCUCAGGCAUCCAGGCAUCGUCUCACACGGUGAGCUCAGGCACGCAUAUAGUCGGCUUUCCCCACGCUGCGGAAGACGCGGCGAGUCGCGUGGAGCCUACCCCGAGCGCCUCGCAGAAGACCUCGGCUGGGAAAGGAAAAGCAAGGGCAGUUGAGUUCACCCCCGAACCGGACUCCGACGACGCUGGGUCCAACGGCGAUGCGCACGGCCUGGAGGACCUCGAUCAGCCUCCGUCACCCGGUGGAGAAUCCAGCGCGGCAAAACCUGGCGAACGGACCAAGCCGGCGGACCCCCCGGGCCGGGACCCCCAAGACGCCCAGGACAGCGACUACGACUCCGAGUUCCCCGAAGAGUUCAAAGCCCUGAAAAAGGAGAAGUACACCUCGGCUGAGGCGCGCCGGUUGCUGCGCGAGGCUACCGCUCAAGAGGCUGAGCGCGAGGCGGCCAGGGAGUUGAGGAGGAAGGAGAGGAAGGACAAACGCGAAGCCGAGGAAGCCGCGCGCGAGGCCGAGCGCAAGCGCGAGAGGGCCGAGCGUCAGCGCAAGGAGGCGGAAGAAACUCGCGCGCGCAACGUCGAGGACAUCCUGUCCAGCGCGGUCAAGCGCAAGCGUAGUGCCGUCGAAUCGGGCAAGGCACGGAUCAAGCGGACCAAGCGGACCCUCGGCAAGAUCGGCAAGGCAGCGGCCAAACGCCUUUCGCGAUCGCCGUCGCGAUCAUCCGCGAGCCACUCCGAGAACGAAGACGAGCGCGAAGAAUCCGACGGAAAAGAGGACAAUGACGACAUCGUGGUCCGCGAGGCCGACGACGCCGAGGACAUAUUCACGCUCAACCGAGCUCCCAUCGACAGUCGCUUGAUCACAAUGUUCCGUAACGGCCACUACAUCCCCCUUACCGCCCUCACCAACGAGUCACUGCGCGCGAUACGUUCGGACGGAAGCAAGAGGAAGCUGGUCAAGGCGGAGCCGCUCCAGGGGGAAAAGAAGCACCACAUCCUCGAGGUCAGCGUCUUCCCGGACGAGCGCACGAUGUCAGCCCCAGACUGGGAGGAAGCGUGGAAGAAUACGUUGGAAGGUCUCAUGCCGGGCGUCUGUGAGGAAGCCAUCAUCGCGCGUUGGAGGGCACACGUCGAUUACAUCAAAAACGAGAUUGAUUACAAAACGAGCUUCCCUGCGCUGCGACAGUUCGACCUAGACCUCCGCCACGCGUGGUUCACACAGGGCCCAGGGAAGAAGUCGCGCUUCGACGUGGGCGGCCCGACCUACGUAAAGACGAUGAUGCUCGCGCGGCAUCAAUGGGCCACAUCUCAGGCACAAGCGAGCGGCUCUGGCUCAUCCAGCGGAAGACCGAACCGCAACGCACGUGGGGGGCGCGGCCCGGGCGGGGGAUACGCGGACUCGGGAAACAACCACGGCGGCAACGCAGACGCGGCGGGAGGAUCCUCGGGUGGCGGCGGCGGACGCGACAACGGGCAGUCCUUUCCAUCAGGCAGACGCUUCAACGGCCGCGGGCUGUUCUGCCUCAUCUGCAACAAGCCCGGCCACAAGGCGGACAGGUGCCGCACAAAACGCAACCCUUCCUGUUGA